AUGGCUCAGCCGGUCGCGUCAUCUUCGCAGCCUGCGCAACUGCCCGCGCUUGAAGGGCCUCAUCUGGGCCAGAAUGAAGGGAAGAAACCUAAAGAGAAGAAGGAGAAAGCAGUGGCAGCGAGUGGUCAAUCACUGGAGCUGAGCCCGCGGCCAGAGUACUUUGACCAUCGCAUCAAGAUGUUCGAUGAGUUGAAGGCGCAGUACGAUGAAUGGGUCAAAUCGCAACCACGUCAAGAGGUCGAGAUCACGAUGCCCGACGGCUCAAAACGCAAGGGCACGAGCUGGGAGACGAGCCCACUGGACAUCGCGAAGGAAAUCUCCAAAGGUCUCCCGGAUCGCGUCGUGAUUGCGAAGGUGAACGGCGACGUGUGGGACCUGGAGCGGCCGCUCGAGGGCUCGUGCACUCUUGAACUCCUUGACUUCGAGCACCCCGAAGGCAAGCGCGUCUUCUGGCAUUCGUCUGCGCACGUCCUCGGCGAGGCCGCGGAACGUCACUAUGGCUGCCAUCUGUGCAUUGGCCCCCCGACAGAAGACGGCUUCUUCUACGAGAUGGCGAUGGAGGAGAGAGUCGUGCAAAACUCGGAUUACCCUGCCCUGGAGAAGCUGACGGACUUGGCUGUCAAGGAGAAGCAGAAGUUCGAGCGGAUUAUGGUUUCAAAAGAGAAGCUGCUGGAAAUGUUCGGGUAUAACAAGUACAAAAAGUACCUGAUCGAGACGAAGAUUCCCGACGGCGGGGAGACGACAGUGUACCGCUGCGGUCCGAUGAUCGAUCUCUGCGUGGGCCCGCACAUCCCACACACUGGCAAGAUCAAGGCGCUCAUGGUGACCAAGAAUUCGGCAUCGUAUUUCCUCGGAGACUCGAACAACGACUCGCUGCAACGCAUCUACGGUAUAUCGUUCCCCGACAAGAAGCAGAUGUCCGAGUACAAGGUAUUCCUCGCUGAGGCGGCACGGCGGGACCACCGGAAGAUCGGCAAGGAGCAGGAGCUAUUCUUCUUCAAUGACCUAAGCCCUGGAAGCUGUUUCUUCCUCCCGCACGGCACGCGCAUCUACAACACACUCUUAGAGCUCAUGCGGUCGGAGUACUUCAAGCGAGGAUACCAAGAGGUCAUCUCGCCGAACAUGUACAACUCUAAGCUAUGGGAGACGUCCGGACACUGGCAGAACUACAAGGACGACAUGUUCACGCUGUCCGUGGAAAAGGAGCAAUGGGCGCUGAAGCCGAUGAACUGCCCCGGGCACUGUCUCAUCUUCGACAGCCGCGAUCGGAGCUACAAGGAGCUGCCGAUCCGUAUGGCUGAGUUUGGUAUCCUCCACAGAAAUGAGGCCAGUGGCGCGCUCACUGGUCUGACGCGUGUCCGGCGAUUCGUCCAAGACGAUACGCAUAUUUUCUGCAUGCCGUCGCAGAUUGAGGAUGAGAUCUCGCUGCUGUUCGACUUCCUUCAGCAUAUCUACGGCUUGUUUGGCUUCGACUUCAAGCUUGAGCUAUCUACUCGUCCCGAUAACUACCUUGGCACCAUCGAAACAUGGAACGAGGCUGAGGCGCAACUGAAGAGAUCCCUCGACAAGCAAUACCCUGGCAAGUGGGAUUUGAACCCCGGAGACGGCGCGUUCUACGGACCCAAGAUCGACAUCACCAUCCGUGAUGCGCUCCGUCGGUCCUUCCAGUGCGCGACGAUCCAGCUCGACUUCCAGCUCCCUGAGCGUUUCAACCUCAAGUACCGCUCCGCGGAUGACGCCACGGGCGACAAGCCUCCGAGUCGGCCGGUCAUCAUCCACCGAGCGAUCCUCGGAAGUUUGGAACGAUUUAUCGCUAUCAUCACGGAACACUUUGCUGGGAAGUGGCCGUUCUGGUUGUCGCCGCGGCAAGUGUUGGUGGUCCCGGUCGCCAACCCAUUCAAAGAUUAUGCGGCUGAGAUCGCACAGAAGCUGAACGACCUAGGCAUCUUCGCUGACGUCGACAACGGCGAUAACACCCUGCCCAAGAAGAUCCGCAACGGCGAAAUCGCGCAAUACAACUUCAUCCUCGUCGUCGGGCAGGCUGAACUCGAAACGCGCUCUGUGAACGUCCGCAACCGUGACAACGUUGGUACCAAGGGCAGAGACGAGACGGUCCCGCUAGACGAUAUCAUUCAAAAGUUCGUCGCGCUGAGAGCGAGCAGAAGCUUAGAGAACAAGCUCGCAUGA